AUGAAAUUGUUUAGCUUCUACAAUAAAUCUGUUUUUAUUCAGUAUCGUAAUCAGUUAUGCUCAACGACCACCUUCAUAGUUUUCCUGCUCUCGUUGGCGGCUUUUGUGAUCCCGGCUUUCAUUCUGUAUUCUGUUCGCGGUAAACUAUGGGAACAGGAUCAUCAUCUGGUAUACGAACAACCGAAAGUCAAGUUUUCGUACAAUUACCUAUUUAUUGCGGAGCUAGAAGGAAGCGGUGACCACGAAUCAUCCAUUGUAACCUGUAGUUCCUUCGAAUCAUUAAAAUCCGCCACCGAAGAGCUUCCCUCCUGUAACGGUGUUAACGUUACACCGUACGAUGAAGAUCACGAUCAAAUGCUGGAUCAUCUAAAAGUGGCGAUAAAUUUUAAUCCACCGGAAGAAACAAAUCGACUGCAAUUCUAUACGCUGUUCUUCUUCCUCGAAGCUACAGUAUCGUCCCAGUGCAGCUUUGUGGUUCCCACUUUCGUAUAUCUUGAUAAAGUACCGGCUCCUUGGCCAAAGUUCCAAUCUGGCAAAAUCGAACACCGAGGCUCGUUGGAGGCAAAGCAGUCGACAUCGCUGCAAUGUCCAUUCUUUAUGCGCCAUCAAAAAUCACACUUCAGUGAUCGCUACUAUCCUAAUGAGAAUACGACGCUGGACGAAUUUCAGCCGAGCAUCAUUGCGGAAAAGAUAGAAUCCUCAAACCCUGCUUAUUUCGGCUUCGAAGCAACACGGCACACAUGGGAACUGGAUGGGUCAGGAAUGAUAAAUAUCGUGCUGUUCGUGUCUAUCGGAGCAUCCGACAGCAGAAAGACGGCCCUUCUCUACAAAACGUCGCUUUGGCAGCGAAUGCACCAAUUCUGGACUGGAUAUUUCCCAUUGCUCCUCGUGUGCCUGUGGAUUGCGGAUAAACUUAAGAUGUAUCUCUUUGAAAAAUUUUACUUACGUGCCGUUGAAGUGCUGCCGUGGAAAGAAAAAUACAAAUAA